ACGUAUAUAUAGUGGGGCGAGAGAGGGCUGAAAACCAUCCGCUGAACUCAACAGCAGCAGAUCCGCAAGUAACAGACGAUCCAAGCGUCUCCGCUAUGAAGACCACAGGAAGCGUUGCCCUUCUUGGGCUCGUGCUUCUCAGCUGCCUUUCUGAUCUUGUUACUGCUCAACGACGGGCCUCCUGCAGCUCGUACCAGUUUUCUGGAAAAACGGCCAUUGCCUGUCCCCGCAACUACGAACCCGUCUGCGGCACCAACGGCGUGACCUACCCCAACGAGUGCUCCCUCUGCAGGGAUUUCUUCCGUAACCGAGCCCUCGACAAGAAGCACGAUGGAAGAUGCGUUAGGCUCGACUGUACUGGCUUCCUGAGAUCCGUCGGUGGUGCUACGAUCCCCUGCACCAUGGACUACUCACCCAUCUGUGGCACCAACGGAGUUACCUACAGAAACAAGUGCCAGUUCUGCAACGCUGUGGCGAAUGGUCUGGACGUUAACCUGCGCAAUAUGGGAGAAUGCUUCCAGCAAAACGAGCCGAUUAACUGCACCCCACAGAAGGGUGGCAACCUCAUCUGCACCAACGAGUAUAACCCCCUCUGCGGCUCUGACGGCAGAACUUAUGGAAACAAGUGCCAGUUCUGCAACGCAGUUUCGAGGAGUGGAGGGAAAAUAAGGUUGAAGCACCUGGGGAAAUGCUGA